UUGAACUUUGAUGAUGAUGAGGUUGCAAGGAUACAAGAGGGAAGCAGCAACAAAUUAAAAUAUUUAUCUAGUUGCAGAAAUUUGACCCAAUUUGAUACUUCGUGAUAAAUUAACCAACUGAUAUUCUAACCCAAUUAUUAAUUUUUGAUUAUCUUACUUUUUUUUUAAAAUUCUCUCUCUCUAGAUCACCCGGUUUGCGUGCACUAUUAGAGCUGUUUCUUACCAAAAAGUCAGCGCAGUUCUCUCUCUCCCCUUUUUCUCUUUUGCUCUCAUAUUUUUUCUUCUUUUCAUUUUUUCUACUAAUAUUAUUCCUUCUGCUUAACAUUAAGCUUAUUAGCUAUAAUUUGCUUCAUCUUAAGUUUAUGUGUGUUAGUAAUUCAUUUUUGUCAAGAUAUGGAUAACUUUUUAGGGGAUCUAGCUGAUAUAGUUCGAGCUAGCGGAGGUAUCGGCGUAAUCAACCACAAUACAACCACAACUGCUACCACAAGUGAUCGAUUUGGUUUAUCGAACCAAGACUCGUACCGGUUAAUAAGAAAUGAUGCUUAUUCAUUCCCUGCAGACACCCUACUCCGCAAUAUCGAUGCUAUAUCAACAUCGUCGACUAGUUUCCUCGACAACAUGGGAGUCGAUGACGAGGGUCAAGGUGGUGGACGGUUAGCUAGUGGCGCGGAUGGACAAGCGCAACAAGUUAUGGGACCGUCGCAGACACCGGGUAUUAUCAACAACGGUUUAUGUAAUAUAUUCUCUUCUAAUAAUAUGGUUCAGAUCUUAUCAGAUAGUAAUAAUACUAGUCAUAAAGUUAUUGAUAAUAACGGUAAUAACUGCAGUAGAAGUAAUAAUAAUGAUGGGAAACUUCCAUUACUACCUGCAGCAGCAGCAGCCUCGCCUAAUGUUGUAAAGGCGGCUGCUGCGGCGGGUUAUGGAUUCAUGUCUAACCAAUUGAUAAGCAUGAAUAAUGCUAGCUGUAGUAGCAGCCAUAAGGGUGCGUUCGUUGACAGCUCUACAACCACCGCCGCUGUACAACAGUUGCAGAUCCCGUCUCCGCGAAAUCAUGGUAUCAAAAGAAGGAAAAUACAAGCUAAGAAAGUGGUGUGUAUACCAGCACCAGCACCAGCAAACAGCAGGCAAACAGGAGAAGUGGUACCUUCUGAUCUUUGGGCAUGGAGAAAAUAUGGUCAAAAACCCAUCAAAGGUUCUCCUUAUCCUAGGGGCUAUUAUAGAUGUAGUAGUUCAAAAGGAUGUUCAGCAAGAAAACAAGUAGAACGAAGUCGAACAGAUCCUAAUAUGCUAGUCAUAACAUACACAUCGGAGCACAAUCAUCCUUGGCCAACCCAAAGAAACGCUUUAGCAGGCUCAACUAGGUCAUCUCAACCGGCCUCGAAAACCUCUUCUAAGGCAUCAUCACCACCCUCGCAAAAACCGAGCAACAACAAAUUCCGUAACAUACUCAUCAAGGAAGAGAAUGAAAAUGUUUCAACAACCGCGACAACUUUUUCUACGGUCAAAGAAGAAGAGAUCAAACUCUACGAUGACCGGCUAGACAGUAACAAGGUGGACGAAAUAAUUGAAAGUUAUCGUCCACUUAUCUUGCCGGAACCAAAGACUAAUAAUGGCCGUCACCAACAAGCUGAUCAAGAUUUUUUCGCCGAUUUAGUUGAGUUCGAGAGUGAUGAUCCUCUAGAGAUAUUUGGUACUCAAGGGUGCAAAGGGUUUGAUUCUUUUAGUGGUCUUUUUGAUUGGGCAACAAACAACAACACACCUACAAAUGAAGAAAAUAAUGAUCAUACAACAUCAUCUUUGGACCAAGAAAAGUUCAAAAGGUGAUGUUUGACACUUCUUUGAUUAAUUAUCCAUAAUCAUAUAUAUAAUUUUUUUUCUUUUUUUUUUUGUGUAUUUAAAGUGUCAUCAUGCACAUUUGGUUCAAUAAAAAACUUUGUAUAUCAACUAAUGGUGGUUAAUCAUAGAACUAUAAGCUAGAGAAAUAAAGAUGAUUAGGAUUAUUCAUUUGAAUGGGUAAAAUGGGCCUUCAUACAAAUUGGUUCCAUAAUAUUUGACCAUUUUUGAUGUAAAGUGGUAUUAUUGUCGUGGUCUUGAACAAUUUUAUACAACCACUUACGAUAAUUUUGUAUAUAGAAUAUGUGUAUGAUGAUUCUUUUUCU